GGGUAAUUGCGGGUGGAUCGUGGGUGUUCUCUGAUGCUUGUGGAUCGAGGGUGUUCUCGGAUGCCGUGGGGUCAUGAUUGUGUUGUCGUCUCCAGGAUUGCUCCGGCCGGGCGGCAUGACGUCAGGAACAUAUGAUGAGGCAGCAGCCAAGUGCAGUGUCGCUGUGGCGGGAGAGAAGAGCAGAGCGUCGACCCUGCGAAGGGCCUUGGUUGGACUUGGCGCUGAUCUGCAUUGACACAGCAACCAUGGCGAUCCCGCAAGAUAUGCUUGGGGCUCCCCGGGCUCGCUCAUGGGUCUUGAUGGCCCUGGUGCCGCUGGCGCUGCCGUUUGUGGUGCUUCUGUUGCCGAUCUUUGCAGUCGCCUCCUAUCUGCUCGCCUGGUAUACCUACUUCACGAUGGCCCAGGCCCAUCUUCCGGAGGACAAAUCGACCGUUAUCGGUGGCCUGCGGAUCCCGUACCUUCCACUGCAUCCAGUGCGGAUCCUCAAGGUCAGCCGGACGGUUGUGGCAACACUCGUUGCAACUCUCUUCGGGCCUGGGCCCGGUCUUGCGUUGCGCUGGGUAUUUCGGAAGCUCAUGACCCCGCGAUCGAAGCGGCUCAGAGUCUGCGAAGAAAUCUGCUACAAUACCGAUCAUCCCGACGUCAAGUUGGAUGUAUACUGCGCAAGCCUGGGAUUCCAACAACAGCACCCCCAUGGACACUAUUGGUACGAGGCAGAUGGUCAGAACAGCCGCUGCACAAUCACCGCUGCCGUCAAGGACAAUGUGCGAUCCAAGCUGCGACCCGUCGUCAUUUUCAUCUAUGGCGGAGCAUGGAUGUCGGGAGACAAAGCCAUCUAUGGCCCCCUCGCAUACACACUGCAGUCCCAGGGAUACUGCGUGGUCGUCCCAAACUACACGUUGUUUCCGAAGGGCAAGGUGGGCGAUAUGGUUGCCGAUGUCUACCGGGCCAUCCAAUGGACCCAUGAUCACAUCGAGUCUUUUGGUGGAAAUCCCCAGCAGAUCUUUUUGAUGGGCCACUCUGCCGGAGCGCAUCUGUGCAUGACGACUGUUCUGCAUGACCUGGGGCAGUACCUCACCACUCGGUUCACUCGCUCUGGAUCCGAGACAAGCCCCAACGAGUCCUCCGAUCCCAGCCCACUGCCCACUCUCGAAGACUCGCUCCCACAAAUCCAGGGAAUGAUCCUACUGGCUGGCGUCUAUGAUAUUGAGUCUCACUACCGAUUCGAAAGCCAGCGAGGUCUUGAAGAAAUUUCCGGCAUGGGCAGGGCCAUGGGCAACACCCUCGAGUCCUGGGAUUGCGUCUCGCCUGUGAAAAUGCUCGAGGCCAUCCGGCGACGAUAUCCAGAGUCGGUCCACAACAACGACGUUUCGCGGCUGCUACCACCCAACAUCUGGCUUGUGCACGGCGAAUUCGAUACGACGGUGCCAGCAUCUUCGUCCGAGGCCCUUCACCAGCAGCUGCUAGAGAUCGGUGCGUCGAAUGUCAAGUUCAGCCGAUACUCUCGGCUCGAUCACCAACGGCCUGUUGUCGAGCUGAUGGUUCCAUCGUCAGACUAUGCGCUGGAGUUCCUCGCCGAUCUGGAUGAGUUCACGGCUCCCGUCCGGUAUCGCCCUGAAGUCCGCAGCCCCACCAGAUCGCGCACGGCCACAGCAUCGGCGCACCAGUAGCGUCUCCAUCAAAGCGUUUGCAGCAUGCGCAACAAAGGCUUGAUUUGAACAGUUGGUAUCGCAGCCAUUUGAAAACUGAUACGAGUCACUCUGUUUCGGAGGUCGAUCUGAGCUCCCUCAGCCGUACUCCUGAAUUGACCUUCAGUGUGUCUGGGAGCACUGUCGCUCCUCUCCCGUCGUCUGGAAGCAGGGGAUGGAGAUUCCACCGAGUUAAUGGAGGCGUGUGCUUGGUUGAUACUUUGAGUGGC